AUGAGAGGUAAAUUAACAUUAAUUUUCAAACCAUAAAAACUGUUUCUAGUGUUGGUAUAUCUUCUCUCAGUUGGCCUAGUGCUGUCACAGAACCCGGAAGGAAGAGAUGAAAAGUACACGUACAAACAGCUCUGCAUUGUGGAUUCCAAAGCUCAAGUUCUUGAUGGUCAGUCAUCAUGAUUAUACUUUUUCUCUCAAUUUAACCUUUAGGAUUUGAUUGCCGUAAUCAAGUUGCUGUUGCAAGAUGGCAAAACGCUGUGAAUACUACUGGGUAUGUUUGUCUGAUGAUGACAUUUCAACUAAAUUUUGUCAUUAUCUUCACAUUAUCAUUUCAUUUUUAGUGUUUGAUCAUUUAACUGUUCAGAUGGACCUUUUUGGAAGUCGAAACCAAAGCAAACUACUGUCCUCAACUCCAAGCCUAUUCUGCUGGAUACCUCGAGGGUCUCCUGUCCAAAACCGUCCUCUCCUAUCACUUGAAAAACGCACAAGAAGAUUAUUGCAAGAACUUCACAGGAUACUGCACCAGACUCUCCGACUUCCUCACGGAGAACCAGAAAUGGAUUCAGAGCAGUUUGGAGACCAGUGCCCCGGAUGACUUGUAUUGGGGAGCAGUCAACAGAACCUAUCAUCAAAUUUCUGGACUCAUUGACGCAUAUGAAGGCCGCGAGUUCAACCCAAGAAUCACGUAUGAACUUCACCCGAUUCUCUACCUCAACUUGAACGGAGACUUCUAUGAUUUGGAAAAGAAGCUGAAUAAGACUAGAGACCCAGCUUUUGAGCAAACUGGUGGAAAAUGCUCUGGACUGAUUAAAGUUGCUCCAGGAAAUGCUGACUUAUUCAUCUCCCAAGUGACUAUGUCUGGAUUCCAAAACAUGCUCAGAGUUAUCAAGCUCUACAAGUUUGGAUAUGGUAUGCUGAUUUAAAAAAAUAGCAUCAAUAAUGUCUCUUUGUUCAGACCGCCAGUUCUACCCAGGAUACGCUAGUGCUUUCUCUUCGUACCCAGGACUUUUGUACUCUUCCGAUGACUUCGCUCUUCAGACUUCUGGAUUGGUAAGUUUGAACUAGAAAAUGUGAAAAUUACAAUUUGUAUUUAUUACAGGCCGUUAUUGAAACUACAAUCAGUGUCUUCAAUACUUCCCUCUUUGAGAACACCAAACCAGUCGGGCAGCUCCCAACCUGGGUUAGAGCUAUUGUUUCCAACCAACUCGCCCGUGAUGCUAGAGAAUGGUGCAAGAUCUACUCGCUGUACAAUUCCGGAACUUAUAAUAACCAAUGGGCGGUUCUGGAUUACAAGAAAUUCAUCCCGAACCAACCACUUCCCAAGUUCGGACUCUUCUACGUUUUGGAACAAAUGCCGUACGUCCCACAAAUAUAAAGGUUUACUCAAAGAAACCACUUUCAGAGGAAAGAUUGUGUACUCCGAUUUGACCUGGUUUAUUGAAAAGUACUCUUACUUCCCAUCUUACAACAUCCCGUUCUUCAAGGAGAUAACCGAGAUUUCCGGAUUCAUCGGACAGGCGGCCAAGCUCGGAGACUGGUUCAAAUGGGGAGCAUCCCCAAGAGCAAAGAUUUUCGAUCGUGAUCAUAUUAAAGUUCACGAUUUGAAUACUUUGACCGCGCUUAUGAGGUUUGUUUGAUUUGAUGAGCGUUGCAAAUGAUUGAUGACUGAUAACAAUUCAGAUACAACGAUUAUCAAAAUGAAGAGUUCUCUAAGUGCAAGUGCAACCCGCCAUACUCGGCCGAGGCCGCCAUUUCUGCUCGUGGUGACUUGAACCCGGCGAAUGGAACUUACGAGUUUCCAGGACAGGGACAUGUGAAUCACGGUGCUCUUGACUACAAGGUACCCAAAAAAGUGAAUAUGACCGGGUUACCAAAGUAUUUUGUAGGGAACGAAUGCUGAACUCAUGAAGAAGCUUCAAUUUGUUGCUCAAGGAGGCCCAACCUGGGGCAAAGUUCCUUCGUUCAAGUGGAGCGAGUUUGAUUUUGUAAGUUUUACGUCUGACAUUACAAAUUUCAAUGGAAAAAGUGUUCAGAAGGAUAAGGUGAGCCACGUCGGACACCCGGACGAAUGGAAAUUCAACACUCUUGUUCACAAAUGGGAAACUGAGCUCUAA